AUGCGUCCUGUCAUCCUGCUGAGCGCGCAAUUGCGCUCCGCACUUCCCCGGAGCGUGCGGAGAGACCUCAACAGCAAGCUAUUUGCUCGAUUCAAGACAACUCAGAACCCUGUUCCUCCGCCGAAGCCCAGCGCUCCUUUCAUCAAGCGAAAGGAGCCUAUUGCACCCCGGAACCCACAGGCGUCACCUACCAAACAUGCUAAAUUGACGUUUCGCAAAGGGCCACCGGAGAAGGUCGUGGUGUAUUAUAGCGGAAAAGGGAGGACAGCUGUGGUAGGAACAUUGAAGCUCGUUUCUCUCUUAAUAUUUGGAGUUUCCUGUUUCCUUCUUGCUCCAGCAUUCGCAUCAUCGGAUGAGCAUCCAUGGUACCUCGCCCCUGCAAUUGCAAUUGGCGGUACUCUUCCGAUGAUCUUCAUCCUCUAUACCACGGCCCCGUUUGUCGUCUAUGUGCACGUUGCCAUUCCCGCCUUUGCCCGCCGCUCUCGCGAGACAAUGAUUGAAUAUGUGAAGAACCUGCCGCCCACGGCCACCUUGUACAUGACUACCAUUCGUUCAAGUUCGUUGCCUCAGCAGACAGAGGUCAGACUGGGUGACUUGGUUCUCAACAAGUCUUUUCUCCGGCCUGUGACCUUUACCAAUUCAAAGCCCGCGCCCUCUCCUUGGUGGGCAGGCAAAACCCCUCAACACUUUUACACGGAUGUGAGGGCCCAGCGCUCGACCGAGUCUCCAAACUACUUUCCUACCUUGUGGGAUGACGUGUUCAAGAAAAUCCAGAACAAUGGCUUGAAGAAACAGAACUGA